CUCCUUCCUCCCCCUGUCCCGCACUCAUCUCCCGGGGCUUUGUUAGAGGACUGCACCGCCGAGCGCAGAGAACUGCAGCAAACACACACUCACACACUCACACGCAGCGCUUAUGUGAAACCGUGUGUCCACGGCUCGCAUGGCUCCCUGUCGCCCACCCGGACUAUAAACAGCCGUGUCCACCGCUGCAGUGGAAGAAGAAGAAGAAGAAGAAGAAGCAGAAGCAGAAGCAGAAGCAGCAGCUUUGUGUGUGUUUUACUCGGGAUCCUGCAGCAGCAGAAACAGCAGCAGCUCCACUCAUGAUGGCCGGACACGAGUGGGAAGACUGGUUCGAGCGUGAGGAGUUUAUCGGACAAAUCAGCGACAUCCGAGUGCAGAAUCUGCAAGUCGAAAGAGAGGAGGUGCAGAAGAGAACCUUCACCCGAUGGAUGAACCUGCACUUAGAGAAGUGUGACCCUCCCAUUGAGGUCCAUGACCUGUUCCACGACAUUCAGGAUGGACGUAUCCUCAUGGCUCUGCUGGAGGAGCUGUCCGGAUGCAAGCUGCUGCAUGGAUAUAAGAAGUCCUCCCAUCGCAUUUUCAGACUCAACAAUAUCGCAAAGGUCCUGUCUUUCCUGGAGGAGAGAAAUGUGAAGCUCGUCAGUAUUGAUGCAACAGAUGUCGCUGAUGGGAACUCCUCCAUCGUCCUGGGUCUCAUAUGGAACAUCAUCCUCUUCUUCCAGAUUAAGGAGCUGACUGGGAACAUCAGGAGUCAGUUCCCCUCCUCCUCCAGUCUGUCGUCCAUCCCCACCAGCUCUGACUCUGACACGUCCCUGUGCAGCACACCGUCAGAUGACAGGCAGCUGCUGUCCAUGGCCAUAAAGGAACAAAGCAAGGCCAUUAAGAAACUCUUACAGUGGGUACAGAAGCGAACACGCAAGUAUGGUGUAGCUGUUAAGGACUUUGGGAAGAGUUGGACCAGUGGUCUGGCCUUCCUGGCUGUCAUCAAAUCAAUCGACACCAGCCAGGUAGACAUGAGGAAGGCCUUGCUGAGGAAUGCCAGGGAGAAUUUGGAGGACGCCUUCAGGAUAGCCCACUACAGCCUCGGUAUCCCACGACUCCUGGAGCCUGAGGAUCUGACUAUCAAUACACCAGACGAGCAGUCGAUUAUUACAUAUGUGGCACAGUUCUUGGAGUACUUCCCUGGCAUGGAGGAGCCAGAGGAGCCUUGCCAGCUGAUUGAACGAAGUGUCUCCAUGGGCCGAAUCAACUUCCACGACAGUGAUGCUGACAAGGCGAGGAAUGACCCUCACCAAAGCAGAGUAAAGGAGCGAUCUUACCGGUUCCAGGGGGAUUAUGUUCCACCCCCACCCAAAAUCUUAAUUUCCUCCGUGUCAGAAGACAGGAGUGCCAUGUCAACCCAUUUCACUCCAGCUGCAUCUCGCUCAUGGUCCACUGAAGACUUCCUGUCAGAUUCCCCUCACAUGGACACAAUCUCCAGCCAUGUGGUUGAGGACACAAAGGAGCCUAUCAUUGAAGACAAACUAUCUUACACUCAGUCUACUACUGGCUCUUCAGUGCCUGAGUGUGUUAAUACUGAUUCUGUACUUGGUGACUCAGCAGUCAGUUCACCAGAGUCCUGGAUCGAGAGCGAUUUUGGGGCAAUGUCGGAGAGGUUUUGUGAGAGCCAAAGUGACAUUUCUUUGUGUGACAGUGGAACAGUCUGCGACGUGUACCAUGCCAUUCCUGUAGAUGUUACUCCCCAUGAUGAAGGAUUUGUCCCAUCCUUAGACGAUGGAGACGCCAAUGAGCAAUCGUAUGAGCAUAAUGAGACUGACUCAAAAGCAUCAGUGGAGAGAACACAGGAACUAAGUGAAGGAGAUUCAGAGAAAAAGGAAAAAGAAGGUGAAGUACUGACAAAGAGAGAGGCAAACCAAGAUGUGGUACGAGAUCGGAUCAACGAUGAACUCACAGAAGAAGCAGAUACUCAAGAAAAGGACGAAAGGCUAGAACCUUCUUCUGAACUGUAUGUUUGGCCAGAUGUGCUGGUCAACACUGGUGCCCAUCCCCUUGAAAUCGAGAACACUAACCAGUCUGGCCUCGACCUCAACGAUGAUCUACCAAUCCCAGACCAUUUCGGAGAACUUGCGAAACAAACCAGUGUUGAAGAGAGCACUUAUAAGGAACAUGAAUGUUUACGGGAAUCGGUGGAUUCCUUUGUGGAUGCGCAAGGCCAUGACGGACCAAUGAAUGUUCAAAAUGAAAAUGUGAACUUGUCUGAGGAGGAGGCUGCAGUAGAAACUGAAUGUCAAAAAACAGAUUAUCCUUCUGGGGAGGAUAGGGAGGUUUCCAUACUUAAACUGGAAAAGGACGAAGGGGUUUUGGAAACAAGUCAAGAAGUUUUGGUGUACCGCCUGCAUCUUCAAGAAAAUAGUCUCACAGAUAGAGAUGGAACUUUGAUAAACACAAAUACAACUCAGCAAGAGGGAGCACCAAGUAUUCCUCUGAUCUCCAUUUCCACAGAGCCAGAGGAAGAGGAAGAAGAAGAGAGUGAAGAAAAAGCAUGUGACAAAGACGGACAAGCUCAAACAGGGAGUGAAGAGAUGCACCAGCCAGAGACAACUGGACUUGAUGGAACGGACCCAGAUGUCAGUGUCUCUCAAAAUUCAAGUGAACUGAAUAAUGACGAUCACAGAAAUUCUGUUGAAAUUUCUUGGCAUUUAGAUGAUGCGAAUGAACCGAGUCUAAUGAAUUCUUCAAAUCCAGACACAAGCAUUCCCUUCACAAUUGAUAACAUGGAAAUAGGUGAACCCACUCAAGAAUGUCAGCAUCUUCAAGACACUUGUGAGACAGAUGCCACUGACAAGGAAUUAAGUGGUUGGACUCUUUCUUCACAUGACACAUCUCAACCUUUGAAUACUGACCAGGACUCACGAGACACCGUCUCUACUAAAACACAGCAGAGCCUGUUCAAUCCAGUAGAGUCAGAGUUGACCGAGAGGACGGGGAUUUUAUGUCAUGAAACGGAUGAGUCCAAAAACGUGGAUUUCCUUUACGCAGACUUUGAUCGAAGUUCUCCCACAGAGGAUGCAGUUGACCUGAUUGAACCCAUGGAUCUGUUCUACCCAGACAAAGAGGAACUCCAGUUCAUUGAGCCACUUUACACUGAAAUGCAGAGUUGGCCUUCUGUUUUGAGUGUGUCUGCUCUUGAACCAGCACCAGCUUCAGAGACUUUACUAGAUGACCAACCACUCACCCUUCUUUGUGAGGACUGGAGGAAUGGAGUAGAUUUGAUGCAAGACAAGGUGAUCACUGGGAUCAAUCAAGAAACCCAUGGGCUUUUGCAUGGGGAGAAGAUCAGAGGACCCUGGGGUGACGGUGUUCCAGCAGAUCACAGCGAUGUCAGCGAGACUGAACAACAGAGCUCAGGCUCUGCUGUGGAAAACACAGAGCCUCUGAGGAGUGACGUGGACCGUCCCAGCCAACGAGAGGAUGUUGACAGUCUGAUCCCUACAGUUCUCCGUCACAGAAAGAGGGCGAGCCUCACAGAGUCUGCGCAGGACUGUCAGAGAGCUGUAACUGCAGCAACCAGAAGAGCUGAUGAGGCUGACACGGUCUGUUGGAGUGACAGCUCAGAGUUCUAUCUGAUUCUGCUGCUCUGGCUCCUGCUCUACUGCGUUUGGCUCCUGCCACAGUUGGACCUGAAGACACUGCCCAGCCUGCUGCUCAACUUUAACCACUGAACACACACACACACACACACACACACACACACACACACACACACAGCUCAACUGCCACUCGUCUCCUGUUUUCAUUACACUGAUUGUAAAGGUAAAUUGAAGGCAUUUAAAAGAUUUCUAUUUUAAACAACUAUAAAUUUGAGGUCAUUGCUGUAUCUGUUGAUGUGGCUUUAAAGUGAUAUCUGUAUGACAAACUGUAAGAACCACCUCUGGCUAAAAGACAUCUGCCCUGAAAAGUUUUGCGAGAUAGAGUCAUUAAAUAAAGUGAAAUUUGUAACUCUGAAAAAUGAGUUGCAGCUAUUGUCACAAUAACACUUUCACCUGUAAACAAAGCCUUUAUCUCCAAAAUACUAUUUCAUCAUGACUUUUAUUGUGAAACAGUUCUCUAUUAAUAACAACUUCCACUACUAACUAACUGUUGUUUGAUAGUGUAGCAUCACCCCAGCUCUUCUUUAUGGACGAUGGUUGCGAUAGAAUAUGUAUUUGUAAUAUUUUAUGGCUGAUGAGAUGUAUAAAUCGAUUUUUAAAAGGUUUUAUGAUACAGAAAUAUUUAAUGUGAUUGCCUUCUUUUUGCUUGAGCCUGAAAUUGCUUUACAAUGAAAUAUAUUUCUAUGUUAUUUUGAACAGUGUCUCUAAUGAAGGUUUAUUACAAAUGGAUACUAAAUAUGAUUUUCAUCAUAAUAGUCAUCAGUCCUAAAACAUGACUCUACUUUUACACAGGCUCACAGUACAUGACAUCAGGGUUGGGGUUAGAAUGGUGGCGCAUGUGUGUUUGUUAAUGGAAUAUUUGAACUUUUAACACUGUAAAAAGUCGAGCUGGCUCCAAAUUCUGCUGUAUUUAAUGAUUGCACACUGUAUUAAGUAUACUAAUCAUAGUAUAUUGUAAGAAAUGAAUGUACUUUAUUGUUAUGUACUAACACAAAACUUACUGACACUUACGCCUCAUUUCCACAUCGCCGUGUGUCUGUAUUUGAGCAAACGCAAACUGAAGGUGUGUUGAUUCCUGUUUUAACCUCCGUUCAUCAUCAUCAUAUUUUUCAGUUCAAAUUUGUGUCCUGUAAAUUAGAAGUUUGAAUUUUGAUGUGGAUUUGGAACAUACCGUAUGCACUUCGAGUAGUUUCGGCACUUAUUAUAGUCAAAAUGUGUAAUUUUAUAAAUCAAAUAUGUAACACACUGUGCAUUAAUUAAUAAUCUUAUUUAGUUAAAAAAAAAACAUAUACAGUGCAUAUAUAUCCAGCACAUUUUCUCACCCAUCUGGCACAGCCAUCUGGAGCAAUGUGGGGUUAAGUGUCUUGCCCAAGGACACAUGGCAUGUAGACCUGUAAUCAGGAAUGAAACCCACCAUCACUGUAGAAAUGAUUUUCUGUGCAUUGAACACUAGAUGACGGAGUUUGUAGAUGACAGACACGAAACAAAAUUAUGUGGAAACAAGGCGUAAAGCUGCAGUAGGCAGAUUUUCAUUUUUCCACCAUAUUUUUUGGCAUAUAACAAUAGACAGACACAAAAGCUAGGAAACUUGUUGAUUGUUCAGCUAAUUAUUGUCCAUGUUUUGGCAUAGACCAUGUAUAAGAAAUAUAGGUCACUUAGUUUGUGUAAAUCACUAGUUUUAGCUCUUUUUAAAUAGAACAUGAUGUACAUUUUGUAAAUUUAUAGGAAUGAGAUGAUAAGUAUGACACGUAUGAUUGGACACCUGUGUGACUGACAGCUGGUACCGUCCAAUAGGAGCCUGGUUGCACGUGGUGUCUGUGGAUUUCCUUUAAAUGGGAGUUUUUUUGUUUUUAUUUUUAACCAGAAGACUGCAUGUCUUUUUAUAUUCGGUCUAUGGAUGGAGGCUAUUCGUUCUAAGCCCCUCCCACCAAAUGAGUACCGACAGACCUAUGUACUUAAUAUACAAGGCAAUCUCUGUAUUUCAGAAAGGCUCCACCCACAUUAACGUGUUUAAUUGCAUUUGUUGUCCAACCUUCUUUAAGACUCUUUUUCCAUAUUUUUUGUAGUUUUCUUUUUUAAGUUUAAUCAGUCAUCACUGAAACCGGAAUAGCAAACCUUUAACUUUAAUGCAGAAUAGAACAGCUAGUAGGAGGCACCCUCUCUCAAAAACUCUGGUCACAUUUUCUCUCAGCUAGAAACAGAUUCUAGAGGAGGCAAAGUCAAGUAUUACAUUAUGAUGAAACGUUGUUAAGGAAUUCUUGAUUAGUAAUGCAAAAAAUAUCUUAUAACUUACAGAAUACCACUGCCAGUAAAACUUAACAACAAAAGUGGAUUUUUUUUUUUUUUUUUGUCAUGUGCAUAAGUGUAAAAUUAUUGUGCACCGAUGUGCUAAUGGUGUGUUUGAUGCAUCCACUCCCUUUACCAAAGUUGUCCUAAGUUUGAGUUCCCUAAACACAACCAUGUAAACAUUACUCAUGCUUUUGGUUGCCACAAGAACAUGCUUAACACUGUGCUUUUCAUCAAUUUCUCAGGAAAUAAAGUAUGAAUCUUGAUGUAAAAAAAAAAGUCUGUCUUUUUUAUGGAGUAAAGAGCUAUGAGUUUGUAUAAUUGGCACCAAUUCUCUUCGAAGGAGCUGUACACGGGAAUUUUACUGUCAAUGAGGAGAAGUUCAGCUCAGUUUUACUCAAGAAAUUCGGUACAACUUCAAUUCAGCCAACAGCCAGUGUUGCACUAAUGCUCUGGGGCAUUGGGCUAAGAGAG